UGCUUUUCUAAAAGUUACCAUCUCCAAAUUCCUGCUUUUGCUUGUGAUCAUUCCAGCAUAAAACUUUUUUUUUCUUCUUUUUUACAGACACCCGAAAGAAACGAUUUGCCUCACCAUAAUAUUAUUUAUAAUAAUUUUGUUGACAAAUUUAGACCCGCUGGAAGGUCUCCUUGAACCGCACCUGACUCAUUAAGCAGCAGUGAUGGAGGAGAAGGAGGCGGUGUGCCGGGGAGUGGAGCUGGCAUAUGGUGAGCUGAGCGGAGCGCCGCCGCCGCGAGACUGCACAGCUGCCUGUUGUCAUGGAGGAGCAAAGAUGGCGGUCCUGGCCUAUAGCCUGGGCAAACGCGAAAUAAAUCAACAUUUUACCAUAAAAAACGCGAAACUGAUAUCGCUGGUUGCUGUUCUUUUACUCCUCGUGUUUCACGCUGCUUCGCGGUAUUACGAAGGAGGGGACUCGUGUGAAUGGCUGCUGUCCAGAGGACGUUACUUGGGGGAGGAUGUAUGGCAGCCUUAUGGCUGCAUGAUGCACAAAUACAAAAGCAUUGAAGCCAAAACCUGCCUCUCUGAAAAGCGGGUAGCCUUUGUUGGCGAUUCGCGAAUCAGGCAGCUGUUUUACUCCUUCAUCAAAAUUAUCAACCCUGAACGAAAAGAAGAGGGGAUUAAGCAUGAGGACAUUUCCUUUGAAGACAAGAGCUACUCUAUUAAAGUGGACUUUCUGUGGUACCCCGAGGCAAAUAAUUCAAUGAAGGAACGCUUGAUAUCAUGGACACGUGAAGGUUCAGCAAAGCCAGAUGUUCUCGUCCUCGGAGCUGCCACGUGGUCCAUCAAGUUGCACGGUGGCAGCAGUGAGGCCCUCCAGCAGUACAAAGUCAACUUGACUGCAAUCAUGGGGCAGCUGGAGAAGCUGGCUGAGCAUGGGGAGGUCUACUGGGUGCUGCAAGAUCCAGUAAAUGAAGAGGUGUUAAGUGAGAACAGGAAAAUGAUCACCAACCAGCAGCUGGAGCUGUACAAUGAAGCAGCAGUGGAUGUGCUCAACAGCAGCAAGCGUAAUGGCAGAUCUCGGGUCAGACUGGUGGCUGCUUCCCGUCAGGCUGCGCUGGAAACCAUCAUCAAGUCAGAUGAUGGUUUGCACCUGCCUGAGAGCACCAGGAGUGUGGGAGCCAUGAUCCUCAUGAACUCUGUGUGCAACAAAAUACUGAGGCCCAUCGACGGUUCAUGCUGUCAGACGUUACGAGCCCCUAACUUGCUCCAGAAACUGUCGGCUCUUUUCUUCCUUGGCUCAGCCGUGGUCAUCAUGGUCUUCCACAUCCUUGGCAACAAUCGCCACCGCCGACACGUGCCCCCUGAUGUGGAGAGCCUAGAGGAGAAGAAGCCAGCCACUGCAGCUGUUCCCCCCGGCCCAAAAGCACCUUUUCAGGCUCUCUGCAGGAUGGGCGUCAUCAUGGGCUAUUUUUACCUUUGUGACAGGGCAGAUGUGUUCAUGAAAGAGCAGAAGUUUUACACGCACUCCACGUUCUUCAUCCCUCUCAUCUACAUAUUUGUACUGGGAGUGUUUUACAGUGACAACAGCAAGGAGGCAAAAUUACUCAACCGAGAACAAACAGACGAGUGGAAAGGCUGGAUGCAGCUCGUCAUCCUCAUCUAUCACAUAUCUGGAGCGAGCGCUUUCAUCCCAGUGUACAUGCAUGUGCGGGUGUUGGUGGCAGCGUACCUAUUUCAAACUGGCUAUGGACACUUUUCGUUUUUUUGGCUCAAAGGAGACUUUGGACUUUACAGAGUGUGCCAGGUGCUUUUCCGUCUGAACUUCCUGGUGUUGGUGCUGUGUGUGGUAAUGGACCGACCGUACCAGUUCUAUUACUUUGUUCCCUUGGUCACAUUCUGGUUUGUUGUCAUCUACACCACAAUGGCUAUGUGGCCUCAGAUCCUUCAGAAGACGGCUAACAGUAGUGGCGUCUGGCAUUUUGGAGUCUUGGCAAAGUUACUGGGCCUCCUGAUGUUCAUCUGCUUUUUUGCCUUUUCACAGGGCGUUUUUGAGCGCGUCUUCUCUGUGUGGCCCAUCUCUAAGCUCUUCGAGCUGAAUGGCAGCAUCCACGAGUGGUGGUUCAGAUGGAAGCUGGACCGAUUUGCGGUGAUACAUGGCAUGUUAUUUGCCUUCAUCUAUCUGGUGCUGCAGAAGCGUCAGGUACUGUCAGAGGGAAAAGGAGAGACUCUCUUCUCUGCCAAGAUUUCCAACUUUCUCCUCUUCCUCUCUGUUGUCUCCUUCAUAACUUACUCAAUAUGGGCAAGCAGCUGCAAAACCAAAACCGAGUGCAACGAGAUGCAUCCCUAUAUCUCUGUGGUCCAGAUUUUGGCCUUCAUUCUCAUCAGGAACAUUCCUGGCUAUGCCCGUUCUAUAUAUAGCUCAUUCUUUGCAUGGUUUGGAAAGAUCUCCUUAGAGCUUUUCAUUUGCCAGUACCACAUAUGGCUUGCAGCUGACACCAAGGGGAUUUUGGUCCUCAUCCCAGGAAACCCCUCCCUCAACAUUUUGGUUAGCACCUUCAUCUUUGUUUGUGUGGCUCAUGAGAUUUCCCUCAUCACCAACGACCUGGCCCAGGUGGUCAUCCCCAAAGACAGCAUGGCUCUGCUGAAGAGACUGGGGGCCAUGGGGAUUCUCAGUCUCGUUAUACUGCUGGUGUCCAGGGCUGGCCAGCCCACACCUGGCGCCUGAUGGACAUCUCCUGAGGGGAUCUGGGGGAGGGGCGGGAGACCCACUAAGACCCUGCUGAGAUUGAAGUGAGGUACAGAUGGAAGUCAGGAGGCAGCCUUGUGUUUUAGCUACUGGUGAGACGAUGUUGGCAGCGGUGACCCUUGGGAGAACAAAGUCUGUCCGCUGGCCACAUUUGAGCAGAGUCCGUACUUUUCUGACUGCUGUGAAAGUCACACACUGAAGAAAAGACAAAUUCCCAACAGAGAAGGAGUCACUCCUUUAACAGCAAAGUCAAAAUUGUGGGAAAGGAGUUAAAAAAAAAAAAAA